AGUGGGAGGGAGAAACCAAACCGCGGGGGCCGGCUGCUGGGCGUGGCCUGGGAGGCGGGCGUGGUCCCUCCUCUGCCCUCCACUCCCCACCACCUCCCGGAGGCUCCCCAGGCUCGGGGCGGGGUUUGGGUUUCGGUGUUUGGGUUGCUCUAUUUGCACCCCACCCCACCCCGGGCUACGGGGCAAGGCGGGGGCAACUCUUUCUUUCCUGGACGGCGUUUCCCCUUCGGCUCGCCCAGCCCCGGUCCGUCCCUGGGCAUCCAGCCCUCCCCACCUCCAGCCUCCCCAGGCCCAGCCUGCGGCUUGGAAGUCUGAGCUUGCGAUGUGGGCGCAAGCUCCCGUGGCCCCACGCGCUACGGGGGCGGGCGUAAAUUUAGGGAACCAGCCCCACCCCCCCGCCCCCGCAUGCUGACGCUAGGGCUCCCCGCACCCACCCACCCACCCACCCACGACUGCGUACCUGCCGGAGGCUGGAGCAGGAGCGGCAGGAGGUGCCUGGCGGCCUCCCCGAGUGGACCGGAGUGGAGGGAGGAAGUUUCGCCUCAGAGUGAAUGAAUGACGUGAUAUCAAAGUGACCCAAGAUGAGAGGAGAGGAGGCAAGACAGAGGCGGAAGGAAGGGCAGCUGGGAAGUGAGGAGCAUCCCCUGUCCAGAGUGGAGAGCCCAGGGCAACCCGUGGGCGAGGCUGUGCCACGGACCUCCCAGGAGAGACAUCUGUUAGAUACCAAAAAGCCUCAGGAAGAAACGGCUUUGACCAUCGGCCUCCAAGUGCUCAUCCCCUUUCUGCUUGCAGGUGUGGGAAUGGCCAUGGCUGGAAUGCUUUUGAAUUAUAUCCAGCACUGGAACGUGUUUCUGGAGAUUAAAGAACUCUUAACCCUGGUGCCUCCCCUUGUGGGCUUGAAAGGGAACUUGGAAAUGACCCUGGCUUGCCGGCUCUCCACAGCUGCUAACACUGGGGUCAUCGAUGACCCUCAGCAGCAGCAAAAAAUGAUCAGUAGUAACCUCGCUCUGAUCCAGGUUCAGGCCACAGUUGUGGGCCUACUGGCUGCUGUGGUUGCCCUUGUGCUGGAAGCCAUCGCUGGACAAGACCUUAAAUUGUCCCACGUCGGGGUCCUGUGUGCCAGCAGCAUGAUCACAGCCUUCAUGGCUGCCCUUUUCUUAGGAAUACUGAUGAUUUGUGUGGUGCUGGGCGCUCGGAGGAUAGGGAUCAACCCAGACAACAUUGCCACACCCAUAGCAGCCAUGCUCGGAGAUGUCGUAUCCCUCUGCAUUCUGGCAGGCAUCAGCAGCUUCCUGUACAGAUACAUAGACCAAUAUUACCUGUUCCCAGGGAUCUGUUUCUUCUUCUUCGCCCUCAUCCCAAUGUGGAUUUUCAUAGCAAAGCAGAGCCCGUCUAUCAUCCAAAUCCUGAAGACGGGCUGGUUUCCCGUCAUCACAGCCAUGCUGAUUAGCAGUCUUGGUGGGCUCAUCUUCAACAAAACCAUAACUGAGCAGAAGAUCAGUGGGAUGGCUGUCUUCACUCCAGUGGUGAAUGGUGUUGGGGGUAAUCUGGUGUCUAUCCAGGCCAGCCGGAUCUCUACCUACCUGUACUCCUGGAGUUCCCCUGGAGUCCUGCCACACAAUAUGAGAAGCUUUUGCCCCAAUCCAUGUUCCAUUUUCUGCUCUUCAGAAAUCAACUCUGUGUCUGCCCGAGUCCUGCUGUUCCUGGUGAUCCCUGGCCAUCUGACAUUCCUCUACCUUAUUCACGUCAUGGAAGGACAGGAGAUCAAGAUUCAUCUGCUGUUUGUGGUCCUUUAUCUGGUUGCUUCAUUGGCCCAGGUGCUGAUCCUAUUAUACCUGGCAGAGAUAAUGGUGAGGCUGGUAUGGCACCACUCUCAGGAUCCUGACAGCCACUGCAUCCCGUACCUCACUGGGAUAGGGGAUCUGCUGGGGACCAGCUUCCUGGCCCUCUGCUUUCUCUUAGAGUCCUUCAUCUCUGUCAAGAUGCAUCUGAAAAAUCCCAACAUGGUGGAACCUGGACCCCCUUAGAGAACUUGGGCAAGAAAGCCCAAGAAACUUUAUUCUCUGGUCUUGCAGCCUUUAGAAUCCUGAAAGCAAAUGUCCCAACAGUCAGACCAAAAGGAUUUUGGGGCCUCUCCUCAUAACCCCCUCUGCCAAGAAGAUUAUCUCAUGUAGCCUCAGGCAUUGUUACCUGGCAGCAGCCCAGAACAUGGCUUGUAUAUACAUGUAGGUGCCAGUGUGGCAUGGGCUUCCCAAUGGGAAUGGUGUCAUGGAAGGGUCCAGCAUGUCUUUGGGAGGCCACACAAAUGAGAAGGAUGCUGCUCUGGCCAGAUGUCUUGGCUCUUCCUCUCAGUGACAGUGUCCAACUUGGACAACUUCAGAGCUGCUAUUUGGAUCUACCCCUUACCCCUCUGCAGCUGUCCUGACCCAAAGGCAAAGCACUUCCCAAGGGGAAUCCAGCCAUGCCGCUGGGCCCAAUCAAGGGCAUGAUAUCUCUCCUUGUUCCAACUUAGUUCAUCUCAACUUUUUCCCCAGAAACCCUAUUAGGAAAUUCAGUGUUUGAAAAAGUGUGGAAUUAAAUUAUGUAGAAUUUA